GCUGUCUUCUUUUCCCAACCAAAUAAAAAAAAAUCAUAAUGGCCAGCACCAUGUGGCAAUCCCUACGCAAGGGCAGCGCCGCCCUCUUCAGCAUUCGCUCAUACACAACUGCCGCAGCCCCCGUUAUCACAGAAGCAGCCGUACCAAAGCUCGAAACGCACGUUCCAAACAAUGAAUUAGUGAGCCAGCUUGUCAAUACCAUUAUGCGCGACGGCAAAAAAGCACGCGCACAACGACUUGUCAGCGAUAGCAUGAAGUGGUUAGAGAAAAAGAACAGUGUUGCCGAUCCCUAUGGCAUGCUCAGCGAAGCCAUUGAAUCAGCCUCGCCAUUAUUAAAACUCACAACCACAAAAAAGGGCAGCAAAGCGAUCCAUGUCCCUACGCCCUUGCGAUUACGCCAACGACGUCGACGGGCGAUUGUUUGGAUGCUCGAAUCCGCCAAAAAGCGACCUGAAGCGACCUUUGAGCAACGAUUUGCGGCAGAAGUUUUCGAUGUUAUUCAGGGAACGAGCCCGGCGCUCCAAAAGAAGGCUCAGAUUCACAAGCAGGCCUUGGCCAACCGUGCAAAUGCACAAGUCUCAUACAACACUCAGUCGCGAUAGAUUUCUUUUCCUCACACCACCCCACACACGCGUACACUCUCACCCACACAUGCACAAAGACAAUAUAUACUCACGUUAUUAAAAAAAAGAAAAACACUCAAAUUUGGUUGUAUAAAAUAAUUAUAAUAAAAGGCUUAUUAGAUA